CAGCUGCAUACCCCCAUACGACUGUCUGUAGCCAAACACUCUGCUCCCCUGGGACUUCACAAUUUCCUGUUGCAGACCGCCAUGGCCCCUAUACGCAUCCAAUGCUUCCUCUGUGAACUUCCGCGAAGCCCGUGGGCUAUGGUGUUCGAUUUUUCUCUCCCGGUGUGCCGUGGCUGUGUCAAUUACGAAGGCGCCGACAGGAUUGAACAGGUAAUCCAAUGGGUGGGUGCUCAAAAACAUGCUGCCUUGCAACGCGACGAGAAAUUCAAGUUGGAUUCGCCUAUCGUUCAGCAACCCUGCCUAAAGAGUCCGGCUCUCAUUGCUGUUUAUGUAGAAGCCCUAAGAUUGUUACAACAGCAGCAGAAGCAGCGGUUACAGCGAGAAAUGAAGUUUCCAGCGCCUGUAAGGUCAAUUGCGCAACCUGGACGUGUAGCCCUCUGUGUUGGAGCAUCCCACGAUAAAGACUUUCCCACGAAAGAUCGGCUGUUUUUUGAAUAUCCACCAACUUCUGGGAAAUUAAUUCGAGGUGUCACAAAUUUGCUCAAUGAAAUGGACGUCACCGAGACCGAUUUGGAGAUUGAGACUCAAAGGGGACAUUGGUGUCGGUUAGAAGAGGUCUUUUCAAAUCGUCCUGUUGAAAUUAACAGGGUCCACUGCCUGGUCUGUGGCGUCGCUUUAGAAGGCAGUCACUUCGUCCAGUGCCCAGUGCAUUCGCAGCACCGAUUCUGCUUUGCCUGUGUGCGUAAGGAAAUGCGAUUAAGGAAGAGGAGAUUCCACUGCCCCAGCGGGCAGAUGUGCACCCUUCCCGAAACGCCCGGUGUGCCGUGGAGUUUUGUUGAAUCAGAGAUCGCCGUGAUCCUACGAGGGACUUCUGACAAAACCCACACACAAGCGACAGUAUUCGAUUUAAAACAAAAACGACAAUUGUCUGGGUCGCCUGACGAGAAGUACAGGAAAACUACAUCGCCGACGUCACCGGCAACUGCAUAA